CCGUCGCGGCUCUCGCGGUGUUUCCGCGAGACCGCUUCCUGCCUUCCUCGCCAUUCUGCCUGCCUUCCUCUCCUCAGCCCUUCCCGGCCUCCCUUCCCCUCCGUCGCCCCCUCCCCGCAGGGAUAAUAUGGUCUCCGGCGAUGGACGCUCCAGGUGCAGGAUAUGCUUUUGAGUACCUUAUUGAAACAUUAAAUGACAGUUCACAUCAGAAGUUCUUCAAUGUACCUAAACUUGGAGGCACCAAGUAUGAUGUUCUGCCUUAUUCUGUACGGGUCCUCCUGGAAGCUGCUAUACGAAAGUGUGAUGGCUUCUUUGUGAAGAAGGAAGAUGUUAUGAACAUUUUAGACUGGAAAACCAAACAGAGCAAUGUGGAAGUGCCCUUUUUACCUGCCCGAGUUCUUCUUCAAGAUUUUACUGGAAUACCGGCCAUGGUGGACUUUGCUGCUAUGAGGGAAGCAGUGAAAACCCUUGGAGGUGAUCCUGAGAAAGUCCACCCUGCCUGUCCAACAGACCUCACCGUUGACCACUCUCUACAGAUCGAUUUCAGCAAAUGUGCAAUACAGAAUGCUCCAAAUCCUGGAGGUGGUGAGCUGCAGAAGGCUGGAAAAUUGUCUCCCCUGCGAGCACAGCCGAAGAAGCUGCCCUGCAGAGGCCAGGCUGCCUGCCGAGGAUCCUGCAACUCUGCAGAGCCAGGCCGCAUCUCAGGAACAUUCGCUGCACAGAUUGAGAAUGCACCCGUCCUGUGUCCUUUUCAUUUGCAACCAGUGCCUGAACCUGAAACAGUGUUAAAAAAUCAAGAAACGGAAUUUGGCAGAAAUCGAGAGAGGCUUCAGUUUUUCAAGUGGGGUUCAAGAGUCUUUAAGAACGUGGCUGUGGUCCCUCCGGGAACAGGAACAGCUCAUCAGGUGAACUUGGAAUAUCUGUCCCGAGUGGUCUGUGAAGAGAAAGACCUCCUCUUUCCAGACAGUGUGGUUGGCACGGACUCUCACAUAACCAUGGUGAAUGGUUUGGGGAUUCUCGGAUGGGGAGUUGGAGGCAUUGAGACAGAAGCAGUUAUGCUGGGUCUGCCAGUUUCUCUUACUUUACCAGAGGUGGUUGGAUGUGAAUUAACAGGGUUGUCUAACCCUCUUGCUACGUCCAUAGAUGUUGUUCUUGGCAUCACAAAGCACCUCAGGCAAGUAGGAGUAGCUGGAAAGUUUGUAGAGUUUUUUGGAAGUGGAGUUUCACAAUUAUCUGUUGUUGAUCGAACUACAAUAGCAAACAUGUGUCCAGAAUAUGGUGCUAUCCUCAGUUUUUUCCCUGUUGACAAUGUGACAUUAAAACAUUUGGAACAUACAGGUUUUGACAAAGCCAAACUCAAGUCAGUGGAAACAUACCUUAAAGCUGUGAAAUUAUUUCGCAAUGAUGAGAAUUCUUCAGAGCCCGAAUACUCCCAGGUGAUCCAGAUUAAUCUGAAUUCAAUAGUUCCAUCAGUCAGUGGUCCCAAGAGACCCCAGGAUAGAGUUGCUGUGACAGAUAUGAAAAAUGAUUUCCAGGCUUGCUUAAGUGAAAAGACUGGAUUUAAAGGAUUCCAAAUUGCAGCUGAAAAACAAAGUGACACCAUCUCCAUCCAUUAUGAAGGACGUGACUACCAGCUGACUCAUGGGUCUGUGGUCAUCGCUGCAGUCAUCAGCUGCACCAAUAACUGUAACCCGACCGUCAUGCUUGCUGCAGGUCUUCUGGCCAAGAAGGCCGUUGAAGCUGGUCUGUGUGUUAAACCUUACAUAAGAACAAGUUUAUCUCCAGGCAGUGGGAUGGUCACGCAUUACCUCAGCUCAAGUGGAGUGUUGCCUUAUCUUAGCAAGCUCGGGUUUGAAAUCGUUGGCUAUGGAUGUUCGACAUGUGUGGGCAAUACAGCACCCUUAUCAGAAGCAGUUUUAAAUGCAGUAAAACAGGGUGAUUUGGUUGCCUGUGGAAUUUUAUCCGGAAACAAAAAUUUUGAAGGUCGUCUUUGUGACUGUGUUCGUGCCAAUUAUCUUGCCUCUCCACCCUUAGUGGUGGCUUAUGCCAUAGCAGGCACGGUGAACAUAGAUUUCCAGACAGAGCCUUUAGGUACUAAUCCUACUGGCAAGAACAUUUACCUGCAUGAUAUAUGGCCUACUAGAGAAGAAGUUCAUCAAAUAGAGGAAGAACAUGUUAUAUUAUCCAUGUUUAAAACACUAAAAGAAAAGAUAGAAAUUGGAAAUAAACGAUGGAAUUCCUUAGAAGCACCAGACUCAGUUUUGUUUCCAUGGGACUUAAAGUCUACUUAUAUCAGAUGUCCUUCAUUUUUUGACAAACUUACCAAAGAGGCAGUCUCCCUCCAGCCCAUUGAAAAUGCCCACGUCUUGCUACAUUUGGGAGACGCUGUUACGACAGAUCACAUAUCGCCGGCUGGAAGCAUUGCUAGGAGUAGUGCUGCUGCCAAGUAUUUGACAAACAGAGGCCUUACCCCUCGUGAAUUCAACUCUUAUGGAGCCCGAAGAGGUAAUGAUGCAGUGAUGACAAGAGGCACUUUUGCAAACAUCAAGCUUUUUAAUAAGUUCAUUGGAAAGCCAGCUCCAAAAACAAUUCAUUUUCCAUCAGGACAGACGCUAGAUGUAUUUGAAGCUGCAGAGCUGUAUCAGAAAGAAGGCAUCCCACUGAUUAUUCUAGCAGGAAAGAAGUAUGGUUCAGGAAAUUCAAGAGACUGGGCUGCCAAAGGACCCUAUUUACUGGGUGUAAAAGCUGUUUUGGCUGAAAGUUAUGAAAAAAUACAUAAAGAUCACUUGAUCGGAAUUGGCAUAGCUCCACUUCAGUUCCUUCCGGGAGAAAGUGCAGACAUCCUGGGCCUUUCUGGCAGAGAGACGUUUUCUUUAACGUUUCCUGAAGAACUGUCUCCUGGAAUUACAUUAACUAUAAAGACAAGUACUGGAAAAGUAUUCAGCGUGAUUGCUUCAUUUGAAAAUGAUGUGGAAAUAACACUGUACAAACACAGAGGAUUAUUAAACUUUGUGGCACGGAAAUUCUCCUAGUAUCUGCUGGCCAUGGAUCUUCAGAAACUUAACUUCAAAGCCUUCUGUGCUGGACCAGGAAUCCUGGCAUGGAGCUGCAGUGGUCCAGUGCACUCACCUCUGUCAUCCUUGGUGUAAAUGAUUAUGAAUCACAGUAGUGACUGCAAUGAAAUCUUCUUGAUCUUAAAUCAUACAAGAAUGGUGCUAUUAACAUUGCUAAAAUCAACGUGUGACGUGUGUUGUGGAAGAAACCUGUAAGUAUGGGUGGGUAGGGAUAUUUUAUCAGACCAUUUUGUAAAUAAAGGCAGAAUUUGAACUUGUGUUGAAGAUUCUUACAUGAAUAACAUUGUUUGUUUAGUUUUGCACCUAUAAAACUGUACUACUGUUUGUUGGUUGAAGAGUAGCAGAUUGAAAAAUAAGAAGCCAGAGUAGAUUUAAAUUGUGGAAGUUAGAAUCUGGUUUAUAAAUGGAUUUUUUUUUUUUUUUUU